AUGGGUUUCUUCGACUUUAAUGAGGCCAAAGACGCGCGCGACCAGGUCUACUCGGACGAUUACCCAGAGGACCACCAAUCCAAGUUCUCGCACGAGCUCGUCGGGGGCGCUGCUGCCUUCGAAGCCAUGCACCUGUGGGAGAAGAAGCAGCGUGAGGAGGGCAACAACGUCUCCCACGGCUUCGCCAAGGAGGCUCUUGCGGGCCUGGCCGGAGCUGAGGCCGACAAGCUGUUCGAGACCAAGGGGCUGGACUUUAUCGACCGCGAGAAGGCCAAGCACCAGGCUAAGCGCCAGGUUGAGCAGCUGUACGAUAACCAGUACGGCGACCGUGACCAGUAUAGCCCUGACUAUGAUGCCCACGAGACCAUGCAGGGCAACUACCAAGGCGGAUACUAA